CCUGGCAACCUGGCAGCGCGCACGGAGCCCGACUGGCAAUCUGGCAAUGCGGAAAUAGAUCUGGCAGCCCACAUCCCGGACUGAGGAGAGGCUGGAGCGCGGAGCAGGGAGGAGAGAUCAGCCUCACUUUCUGCAGCUUCUGUCCCUUUUCUAAGUGCUCAGGUGCGCUUUCUGCGCCGGCGGGGUUUUUUCUCCUCCACGAUUGUUUUUUAUUUUUUAUGUUAUCCGUCAAAUCUGAGGAGAAGAAGAAAGAAUCAGUGCGUAUUUAUCUUUUGGAUUCCGGACUUCUUUACUCACUUCUUUUUUUUCGCAUCAAGCAUGGAUGUGUUGGCGAAUUACAGUAUUUUCCAGGAACUCCAACUCGUUCAUGACACUGGUUAUUUCUCCGCGAUGCCUUCCCUGGAGGAGAACUGGCAGCAGACGUGUCUAGAGCUGGAGCGGUACCUUCAGACGGAGCCCAAGCGCCUCUCAGAGCUCUUCGACGAGGAGCUGGACUGCCUCCUAACGCCGGCCUUCAUGCAGGGCGCCGACAGCGACGAGGACCUGAUGGACCCGCUCCUCCCCAGCCUGCCCGACCAGCCCAGCCCGCCGCCGCUGCUGGUCGCCCUCCCCAAGGUCCAGGCCAAAGUCCUCCAGGUGCCCAGUCCCGUCAAGAGCCAGGCGGGCGAAACGCUCACGGCCAAGGAGCCGGUCCCGGGGGGGGUCAGCGCCGCUCAGCUCAGCGCCGCCGUCACGUCCCUAACGCCGCCGUCGUCGCCCGAGCUGGGCCGGCACCUGGUCAAGCCCACGCAGACUCUCACCGCCACGGCGGACGGCACGUUAACGCUCAAACUGGUGGCCAAGAAGGUGGGGCUGGGGGCGGCCAAGCUGGUGGCGGCGCGGGCGCUACCGUCCCCGCCGGGCCGGGGCGGAGCCCUGAGCGACAGCGAGCAGGGGGGCGGGGGGAGCCUGGGGGGGGACGUCCCGGAGAACAAGAAGAGGGUCCACCGGUGUCAGUUCAACGGCUGCAGGAAGGUUUACACCAAGAGCUCCCAUCUGAAGGCCCACCAGAGGACCCACACAGGUGAGAAACCCUACAAGUGCUCAUGGGAAGGCUGCGAGUGGCGCUUCGCCCGCAGCGACGAGUUGACGCGGCACUACCGCAAACACACCGGAGCCAAGCCAUUCAAGUGCAACCACUGCGACAGGUGCUUCUCGCGGUCGGACCACCUGGCUCUGCACAUGAAGAGGCACAUCUGAAGGGAGGGAGGAGGAGGAGCGGGAGGGGAGGAGCCAGAAUGGAAGGACGAAGAGGAGGAGGAGGAGGAG